AUGCCAUUGAGGAGCUCAGCAGGAUUCGUGCUGCUCUUGCUCUCUCAGUGCACUGCGUCCCUGGGCUCCAAAGAGGCACUGGGCCUAGCUAAUGCCCACCUCCUCCCCCAGAGAGACUAUGAGAGACUGGGAAACGCCCAUGAGAAAGACUAUCCUAGGGAUUGUUUUGAGAUCUUAAAGCACUCCAAAGGAAACUCCAGAGAUGGCCUUUACAUCAUCAAACCAAAAGAAGAACCAAUUGUUGUCUUUUGUAACAUGCAGGAUGGUGGCUGGACAGUAAUCCAGCACAUUACAGCCAACAGCACUGUCGAUUUUGACAGGACUUGGCAGGACUACAAAUAUGGAUUUGGCUCUGUUGAUGAGAACCACUGGUUAGGAAAUGAAUACAUGCAUCAGUUAACUGGCAGCUCAGUGCAAUAUAUACUUGGAGUUAAACUUGUGAAUCUAAAUGCUGAAGUCAAAUGGGGACAGUAUGAGCCAUUCCUGAUUGAGGGGGAGGAGUCUCAAUAUCGAAUCAGGGUUGGUCUUUACAAAGGCAACGCCACUGAUGCUCUGACCCUGGACACAGAUGCUUAUCUCCAUGACAACCAGAAGUUCACCACCAAGGACAGAGACAAUGACAAUUACUUUAUGAAUUGUGCUAAGCUGGAGCUCAAUGGCAUUCCUGGGGGAGGCUGGUGGUACGAUGCCUGUGCUGGGGCAAACCUGAAUCGCAGGAACGUGAUAUACUGGCAUAGAGACUGCAGCAAGCAACAGCCCUGCAAGUUUGCAUGGAUGAUGGUCAAACCCAUCAAGCACCACCAGUCAUACCCUACCAAGGCCUGCCCCUGUCAGAAAGUUGAACUGUAG